AUGGAGAAGGCGAGGAAGGAGGAGGAGGAGCAGGCGCUGGAGGGCCUCCCCAACGACCUCCUUCGAGAGAUCAUGUCACGGGUGCCGUACCGGUCGCUAUGCCGCCUCAAGUGCGUGUCGCCGGCGUGGCUCCUGCUUUGCUCCGACCCAGGCGUCCGCAGGAGGUCGCCCCAGACGCUCUCCGGCUUCUUUGGCGAUUCCCCCGACGGUACCACCCGCUUCAUCAACCUGUCCGGUAGAGGCUGGCCGCUGGUCGACCCCUCUCUCCCUUUCCUUCGCGGCUUCGAAAACGUCAAGCUCCUGGACUGCUGCGGCGGCAUCCUCCUCUGCCACGGCAUGAGAGCGUGGCGCGCAGAAUACAUCGUGUGCAACCCCGCGACCGAGGAGAUCUGGGCCGCACUGCCCGUGCCUCGUAGCCACCAUGCGCCACCGGAAUCUUAUGUUCACGACCGCACCAUCAGCUUCUGCUUCGAUCCCGCAGUUCCCUCUCGCUUCACGGUGUUUGUCAUCAUCGAUGAUGAUCACGACAUUAUUACCGCGAUAGAGGUCUACUCAUCGGAUGCCAGAGAAUGGGCUUCCAUGUCGAGUGGAUGGGGUCACCAAAAGCGGAUUGGGUCACCAUCGCGACAAAUAUUUUGGGACGAAUGGAGAAGUUGUGAAUCAGGAUACUUCUUCUUAGACGGCACUCUGUAUUUCAUUGCUUGUUAUGAUUCCGGCUAUAACAUAUUUGACUCGGAGGGUAGUACAAUGCACUUGAUAGUUACGGUGGACAUGGACGUACGGGAGUACCUGGAGGACAAUUCAACAGCCGCCCAAAGUUAA